UCAGAGUUGGGUUCAGCCUCAGCCAGUCGAUGGUCGGAGGAGAGGAGGUUAGGUACUCGCGUGCGUUUGGGGUGGAAGCGCGCCGCUCAGUCAGACAGGCAGCCGCAGAGUGACUGAAAGUGCAUCGCGCCAGUCAAGUCCGUGUCAAGUCUCAGUCCGGCGUGGUGCGAGUCAAGCCAGUCAAGUCCUUCUAGUCAUCCAAGUCUUGCCGCCGCCGCCGCCACCGCGCCGCCGCAGCUGCAGCCCGCAGCAGUCAUUGUCCCCUCUCUUCCUCUUCCUCCUCCUCCUCGCCCUCCUCCUCCUCCGACUGCGGCUCCUCAACACCUGCCAGUGCCAAAGGGAUUACGAAGUGCCGCCGCAGUGUGCCACAGUGUGCCACCGGGAUACCGCGAGUGUGCAAGGGUGUCGUGUCAAGCGGCCGGCAGUGCUAGUGCUUCGCUAGUGCAACGCCAGUGCAACGCCACUGCAUCGGAUUCUGUAUUGUCUGGAUUGCAUUCCAGCUCGGAUCACACAGGUGAUGGCGGUGCUGGGGCCCCUGCAGUGACUAUGGGAACACAGGGAUGGGCAUGCGUGUGGUCACAUGUCGCCAGCUGCUGACGGUCGCCUUCUUACCCCUGUCGCUCCUACUCAACGUCGUGGUCCCAGCACUGUCGUUCCAAGAUGCCCAGCACAUUACCGCCAUCUUGGGAGAGUCCGUCGUGUUCAACUGCAAUGUGGACUUUCCCGAGGACCACCCUGUGCCCUACGUCCUCCAGUGGGAGAAGAAGGUAGGAGGGACGGGGGAGGAUAUUCCGGUGUACAUCUGGUAUGAGAACUACCCCACGCACGCGGCCGAGGAGUACAAAGGGCGUGUUUCGGGGGUCAACCCAGAGUCCAGCUAUGGCCAGGCCUCCCUCAACCUCACAAACAUUCGCGAGACGGACCAGGGCUGGUAUGAGUGCAAGGUGGUGUUCCUGAACCGGGCACCAAACCAGAACAAGAACGGCACCUGGUUUCACCUGGAUGUCCACGCCCCUCCGCGGUUCAGCGUCACCCCCGAGGACGUGAUCUACGUGAACCUGGGGGAUGCCAUCAUCCUCAACUGCCAGGCCGAGGGCACGCCGGCGCCGGAGAUCCUGUGGUACCGGGACGCCAACCCGGUGGACAUCUCGGCCACCAUCGGCAUCUUCAACGACGGCACCGAGCUGCGCAUCUCCAACAUCCGGCAUGAGGACAUCGGCGACUACACGUGCAUCGCCCGCAACGGCGAGGGCCAGAUCAGCCACACGGCCAGAGUCAUCAUCGCAGGGGGUGCGGUCAUCAUGGUGCCGCCGACGAACCAGACCAAGCUGGAGGGCGAGCGCGUCGAGUUCACGUGCGAGGCCAAGGCCAUGCCUGGCAACGUGACGGUGCGGUGGUUCCGCGAGGGCGCCCCCGUGCAGGAGGCGCUGGAGAAGCGCGUGGACAUCCGGCGCGACGGCUCGCUCAUCGUGAACCCCGUGAGCGCGGACGACUCGGGGCUGUACCUGUGCGAGGUGACCAACGGCAUCGGGGAGCCGCAGUCGGCGUCGGCGUACCUCAGCGUGGAGUACCCGGCCAAGGUGACGUUCACGCCGACCGUGCAGUACCUGCCCUUCCGGCUGGGCGGCGUGGUGCAGUGCUACAUCAAGGCCAACCCGCCGCUGCAGUACGUGACGUGGACCAAGGAGCGCCGCCUCCUCGAGCCGUACCAGACCAAAGACAUCGUCAUCAUGAACAACGGGUCGCUGCUGUUCACGCGCGUCAACGAGAACCACGGCGGCCGCUACUCGUGCACGCCCUACAACGCGCAGGGCACGCAGGGCUCGUCGGGGCCCAUGGAGGUCCUCGUCAGGAAGCCCCCCUUCUUCACCAUCGAGCCAGAGGCGCUGUACCAGCGAAAGAUGGGGGACACGGUGGAGAUGCCGUGCGAGGCGCAGGAGGCCGAGGACACGCAGAAGCCCAAGAUCACCUGGCACAGGCGCGAUGGCAGCCCGCUGCCCAAAGGGCGCGUCCACAUCGCGGGCGGCAACAUCACCAUCGAGAACCUCCGGAGGACGGACUUCGGCUACUACCAGUGCGUGGCCAGCAACGAGGUGGCCACCAUCGUGACCACGACGCAGCUGGUGGUGGAGGGCACGCAGCCGCACGCGCCGUACAACCUGUCGGGCAACGCGUCCGAGUUCGCCGUCACGCUCACCUGGCUGCCAGGCUACAGCGGCGGCCCCGACUACAAGCAGGACUACACCAUCUGGUACCGGGAAGCGAACGUGGCCAACUGGUCGCAGAUUCCAGUCACCCCGCCCGGCAGCACCCAGGUCACCAUCAACCACCUGACGCCGGGCACCAAGUACGAGUUCCAGGUCAUCGGCAAAAACGCCCUGGGUGACGGAAUGCUGAGUAAAGUGAUCGAAGUGCGAACACUGGGAAGCAAACCUGCAGGAAAACAACCAGAUGUCGUCCGUCCCCCUCCAAACCCCUCUGAAAAGUCGGAGAAAGAUUUCGAGCACUCUCCCGACGAUGCCGCUGGAGGCCCGGCGCCAGGAGGCGAUCGCCGUGAUCGUAGACGUAGCGGACGGAACAGGAGUGUGCCUAAGCCUAAAGACGUGAUAGACUUUAGUGUUGUUGUCUUUCCGACUGAUUCAGCAGGCCUGCCCGCCAUCCCGCCUAUCCUCAGGCCCAGAGGACCAAAGCCAGGGCCGCCGCGGAACCUCACGGUGACCGAGUACCCCAACGGCUUCCUCAUCUCGUGGCAAGCGCCCGUGGAGAAGGCCAACCUGGUCCAGUACUACACCAUCAAGUACCGCACGGACGCGCAGUGGAAGACGCUCAACAAGCAGCAGAUUCGCUCCGAGGAGACCUCUUUCCUCGUUAAAAAUCUUGUGGGUGGCCGCACCUACCAUUUCCGAGUGCUCGCCAACUCGGUCAGCAGCUACGAGGCCAGCGACGAGGUCAAGUUCCCCGUGCCCGCGCGCGUCAAGCACAAGGCCAUCACCGCCGGAGUAGUUGGCGGCAUUUUAUUUUUUAUUGUUGCAAUAAUCCUUUCAGUGUGUGCCGUCAAGAUUUGCAAUAAGCGGAAACGGCGGAAACAGGAGAAAGCCUACAAUAUGGUAGCGUGCCGCAUAACAGACUCAAGAAAUGGUGGGCAGCCACCCGGGGUCAGCCAAGUGCCUUUGAAAAAGAGGAAAAAAGGUGAAGAGCUUGGAAGCCACUGUUAACGCUAAACCGACAAGGCGGAGUACCAGGUUUGACCUCCCUAGUGGACGCGGGCCGCUGGCUGCUGAGCGCGCUGGGGCUGGGCCUCGGCCUGGGCAGCUCGCGGGCGUCGAGC